AUGAUAAAACACGAAACAGCUUUUGAUCUUUUUCAACGACUUAAUAUAAAAGAUGAAAAUAAAUAUGAAUUUAUUAUUGAUCGUCUUAAUCGUUAUCAUCAAAUAUUAUUUCCCAAUGGUUUUAAUAAUCAAAGUCAAUUAGUUGAAUUAUUAGAUAAGAAUCGAACAAUAACAAAAAUAUUUCUUCAUGGUUUUAUAUCAGAUUAUAUUGAAUAUUUAAAAUAUCGAAAUGAAUUACUUCUUUUACCAUUAAUAUCAGAAGAAAUUUUAUCAAAUUCACCUCAAGCAAAUAAAGAUUCAGUUGAAUCAGAUGUACCAACAUUACAAAUCAAAUUUAAUUAUAAUGAAUCAAUUACUUUUCUUUAUAUUGAUACAGAAUAUAAAGAAUGUCCAUUUAAUAGUGAAUUUCUUCAAUGGUAUGAUUGUGAAACAUCAACUCAAUUAAUUAGUACAUUACUUCGUAUUGAACAAUCUUGUUUUAUAACUAAGCCUAAUCAUCGAUUUAUUCUUAUUAUUGAUUCAAGUACUCAAGUACCUAUUAACGAUUAUUUCAAUACGACAACUCUAACACAUGUUAUGUCAAUUGAAGAAAAUAAAUUAUUAACUGUACAAUGGCAUAAAAUUCUCUAUCAUCUUAUAAUUAAAUAUAAAUUAUCAUGUAUUCUUAUUGAACAUCUUGAUAUUAAUACAUCAAUAUUUGAUACAAUUAUUGGUAAACGAGAUGAAAAAUUCAUAAAACAAAAUAAUAAAAAUAAAGAUAUUCAUAUACCAUUGUCAGAAUUUGCUUUUGGACGUUUGAUGAAUAGUGAGCAUUAUAUGAAUGAUUGGAAUAAUCAAUUAGAAUAUCAUCAAGUACAUGGUAAUGAUAUAAUGAAUUUUCAAUAUGAAUCAAAACAUUCUGUACCUUCAUUAUCUUUAAUAAAUAAUAACAAGGAAAAAUAUCCUAUAGAACAUAAUUGA